ACCUUUCGUCGAACACCUUGUCUGCACUGCAUCACGCACUCGACCGCGCUUUUUUCUUUGAACUUGGGAGGGACAAAUCAACACCAAUCUCAUUUUCCAUUUCGCUCUUUCCACAAGCUAUCGUCGCUUUGACAACAUCACCAUGUUUGGCUCCGCUCAACCUUCUUCAUCUCCCUUUGGCACCCCUUCUUCAACCCCUGCAUUCGGAACCCCUUCUUCUACCCCCGCCUUCGGAACCCCUUCUUCUACCCCUGCCUUCGGCACCCCUUCUUUUGCUACCCCAUCUUCUACUCCGGCAUUCGGAACCCCAUCUUCCACACCGGCGUUUGGCGCUUCUUCUACCCCUGCCUUCGGUUCGUCCCUUUUGUCAACGCCUUUUUCUUCUCAACCACAACAGCAGCAGCAGCAACAACUAACUCCACUGUUUCAACAACAACCAACUUCUUCUCCUUUCGGCUUUCAAAGUUCCCUCGCAGCGCCGCAACCCUCGCCUUUCUCAAAUGCGCAAUUAACCACUCAGAUGGCUAACGUGGCACCUGUUCCUUUCUCUCUCGCCGAUCGCGAUGUUCAAACAAUCGUUGAUGCUUACAAGGAAGAUCCUGGAAACCCCAAGUACGCUUUCAAGCAUUUGUUGUUCAGUGUAACAGAACCACAGUUUAGAGUGAAGCCUGCUGGUGUAUCAGACAUCAUGUGGGCGGAGGCAAUGGGGAAGCUUGAAGGUAUGGACAGUGCAGAUAGAGAACGUCUGUGGCCACAGCUUGUCCAGGGUUUUAAGGAUCUUUCGCAACGCCUUAAGAUACAAGAUGAAGUCAUUGUUUCUGAUGCAGAGAGAUUGCGUAUAACCCAAAGCAAUGUUAAAAUGCUCCAAAGACAUUUUCAGGCUGAUACUCUUCCAUGGAUUCAAAGACUAAAACAAAAGGAACAAAUUCUCCAGCAACGUCUUUUAAGAGUAAUGAGAGUAGUGGAGGCAUUGGAGGGAAAAGGCUGCCGCAUACCCUUAACGAAAGGGGAAGCUGAACUUGCUGAGAAAUUAGCCACAAUAACUAGACAGCUUAAAGGAUCUGGAGCGGAACUGUCUAGAAGGGUACAAAAUCUACUGACUGUAUCUCGUGUUAAAGCUAAUAGCAAUGGAUUUGGUGGCUCCGUUUACCUUCCAGGUUCAACCAAAAUUCAUGAUCAAAGUCUUGCUGACCUACACGAGGUUUUACAACAGCAAAUGGAGGCCAUUGCAAGACUUGGCGGUGUUCUGAAACGAGAUAUACGGAAUAUGGAGAUUAUGAUCACUGAUGACACAGGAAGAAUUGAAAAUGAGAAUUUAAUUUGAAUUUUGUCUAGAAAACCUAGAACAUUCUUGCGCUGUAUUCACAUUUUAUUAUAUAUUUUUUCUAGUGUAUCAUGAUUUGGUAGCUAGUGGGAACUAAUGUAAUGAGAGCUCAUUAAAAUAUAAUGUACUCCUUCCGCUGCUGAUGGAACUUCCCAUUGGCAGAGAAAA